AUAAGCGGGGUUCUGGAUGUUGUCAUCUCACUAGCUUUAGUGUAACGUUAAGCUAUCCAUUCUAUCCAAGCUAGCAUGGAUGGUGGUGUAUUCGCCCAAAAGUCACCGACCAUGAUAAGAAAUGAAAUGCAGUACUGCACCUUCAUUGCACCUUUCUGUCUAAUAUGAACACCGACGUGUCCAGGUUUCUUGAGGCCAGCCCUAUACAUUUAAAGCCAGUGCAACAUGGCUGGACGUCUGCUGCUGGCGCAUUCAAUUCAUUCAUUUGUCCGUCGGUGUAAACGUACAGCAGUGAGACGUCAGUGACCCGCGAAUUAUAUCCGUCGGCUUUUUCUGCACAUAAGUGUUUCUACGGUCUUGCACGGUGACAACGGUGGUGAUCUGCUGACUUGUUUGCUUAGCCAGGGUAUAAAACCGGCCGUCUGAUGAGCCAGCCGUAGCUUGGCGACACCCAGCAGCCUGGUUCACAACGCUGAACAAAAGCAAGUUGGCACCGGGCUACACCGGCAGGUUAUAGUGUUACGGGGCUGUUGUUGUUGUUGAUGAUGAUGAGGACAUCGUUGCACUGCGUUUCCCCCGUCCGGCUGGUUGUCAGUCCAUCGGGACGUUCAAGCUUGGAGUGUUUACAAACACCGGGGGCGGGGCGUCCCGCGGACCACGCGAUCACCAGCUGGUUCGCUGUGUGCGCCGCCACCUUUUUUGUUCGCCAAGGGCCCACUAAGUAACUUUCCUACUGCUGAUAUUUACCCCCAAUAGAUAGGGGAAGUAAAAGUUUCUCAAGAAUAAAAUCCAACAAUCCAAGAGUCAAUGAUUUUUUCUGAAAUUAUCGUCUGAAAAAACUAGUUGCACCUAAUGUAUUCGGCCAUCAUGAAUGCCUGGCUAUCUAAAUCCUGGUGAGAAUAUAAAACGGCACGCUUGGUGUUCGUUUGUGUGUCAGACUAUGGUGCAUGUGUCAGUUUUGAGUUCAAGCGGAGCUUUACAUUAUUUCAAUUCGAGUCCUUGAUGCCCGAGUGCCUGGAAGUCCAUAAUGAUGGGAUCUAGGGGACCUUUUUUGUCUUCCAUAAAGUCGGACUUUAAAAUGUGAGGAACUUUACCAGAGGCGGUAAGAAGUCGGUUGAUGAUUGGUUAUGGUUACAGUUUGAGCCAUAGCUACAAUCUGCAUUAACUCUUAUUGUAGUCUUAUUGCGAUUUCCUAUUAGUUGCACGCUAUUCGAUAAAUAUACACCUGGUUAAUUUGUUCUUCAUGCCUGGAUGUUUCCUGGUAAAUGUAUGUGGUAGAGAAGACUAAAAACGGAUAACUCUGGUACCUGCAUGUUUCCGAGAGGUAAACAAGCAUUAAGUGUAGUAAUAAAGCAACAUUUGUGCACACAUUUUGUUUUUUACUAACUAAGCAAGUUCCCAUUGCGCUGCCAUAAACAGCAGCCUAUUGAUGGAAACUGUUGCCUUUGCGAUGGAUGUGUGUGUGUGUGUUGACAUCCGCUUGCUGUAGUGAAAGUAGUCAAAAUUGAAAUAAUUACACAGCAAGUCCACCAGUAAAAGACAUACAGAGCCCCCCCCACACACAGCCUGAGCUAGCAUUUGCGGUGGUUAAGGAGGGGGUGUGAUCAUGCCUGGUUUUCUAAAACUCAUCCAAUCAGGUAGAGUUAUUCAUUCAUCCAGGUAGAAUUACACUUUAACCCUGUCAGCAGCGCAGGAGGUAGAUCGGUUCGUCUGAGGACUUCUUCUUGGAUCAUCCUAGUACAGGUAUUGACAACCUGCCCUUGGAAGGCCGUGUGUCUGUCUGUCCCAUGCUUUAAAUGUCACUAUUUAUACCGUGCUCAUUCUCUUGUCUUCAAUUGAUUUGCAUUUAGAAUUACAGGCUUUAAUUAUCAGUAUGCACCAAAAGAGCAUUUCACCAUCAUUUCUUGUACUAAAAAUCAUCCCGAAUGUGUUUGCUUCAAAAAACAAAUGCUUGCUUCAAGAAUAUAAAAUUCAGGCUUCUCGUACCUCGUCGGACCAUAGCUGUAUAAAAUGGAAUAUCCGUCAACAUUUUUGUAUAACUAACUGUCAGAGUGCCAUACAUAUUUUUGUCAGUUUGUCAGAGGCUGGCUAUCCAAAUGAACUAUUGUUAUUAUUGCUGUGGAACCAUGUUUAUUAGGGUGAAAAACAAGGCUACAUAUGGACAUUGUUGUGAUGUAUGAUGUAUAUAACUGCACACAGUACUUUAUAUUUGGGAAAGAUGUCACAAAUUGAAUUUACCUUAAGAAGACCAGUGAUAAGAUUGUUUUCAACAAGCCCCAAAAUAUUUUAAGCAUGAGUGAAAGAUAAAAUGCAAUUGGAUAGAUGGCCAAUUGGGCUAACUUGUAGCAUAAAGUACAAUCACAGAGAGUCUGCCGGUGGUUGAGGAGGGUGAUUCAUCAUGUGGUUGUUGUCAAAAACUCAUCCCAGGUAGAGUUCCGCUCACCCAAUCAGGAUGAGUUCCACUUUUAUUCUUUCAGCAGCACAAGGUGGAGCCGGUCCUCUGAGGGUUGCUGGUUUGAUCUCAGUUCCUCCUAGGUCUUGAUGACUUUCCCAGGUGCAAGACACGUGUGUGUGUGUGUGUGUGUGUGUGUGUGUGUGUGUGUGUGUGUGUGUGUGUGUGUGUGUGUGUGUGUGUGUGUGUGUGUGUGUGUGUGUGUGUGUGUGUGUGUGUGUGUGUGUGUGUGUGUGUGUGUGUGUGUGUGUGUGUGUGAGACCUCUGAAUGUUAGGCAAUGUGUGUAUUAUGAAGUGCUUCCAUGGCCGAAAUGUGCUAUCCUUUAUAAACCAAGCCUCAACCAAGGCCCUGUUAUUUGAAAUCUUUCACAUUUCUGAUUGACUCCAGAAACGUGGUCAUGCUGUACUUGGAUUUUUUGUUGUUCUCCAAUAUUGAUUUCUAAUGCUGCUUUGAUUGAUUUGUAAAAAAAAAUCUCACUCGCAUCUGAUUUGCUUAAUGCUACUGUUGCUAAUUGUAGUCCCUAAAUUGUAAAAAGAGUGCUAGUUAAUCUUCGUAUUCUACAACCCAAGUGGGGCAUCCACAGGUAGGACACUUCUAGUCGGAUAAUCACUCAUAAGUUGAUAUAGAUAUUAAGCCAGGGCAUCCUCAAUUGCAUCCUCAAAUAAAUGGGAAAAUCUUUGGGGGUAAAAUAGCAGCAAAAAAUAAAUGACAGGGGAAUAAUAAUAAUAUAAAUCUGCAUGUUUUCUCUAGUUCAACUUAAUCGGCGACAGUGCACUCAACUCUCCCAGGCAGCCUAGUAGUAUCACAUGCUGUUGGGAGGGAGCCGUUGGGUUUCACAUCCACUCCCAGUUCAAGUCCAACUUGGUUACUGCAGAGCUUCAAUAUAAAGUGGGUCUUAAUUCUGUCUAAGGUGCUCAUUCUGAGAUGUUCACACUUAGCCUAUCGAGCGCAUAACACGAAGGUUGGAGGAGAAUCGCAGACAACAUGAAAAAACUCACUGCUAGGGCUGUCCGGGGGCGGGAUGGACACCCACAGCAGCUCCGGCGCAGGCAAGCGCAUCCGUAAGCCCUCCCUGCUGUACGAGGACUUCGAGAGCCCCUCACUGGGCCACUCCCAGCCCCAGGGGCCCACCAGCUUCCCCCAUCCCCCUGUCCGGGACCCGGGCCGACCGAGCCGGGUCACCAACCAGCUGCAGUUCCUCCAGAAGGCCAUGAUGAAGUCCCUGUGGAGGCACCACUUCGCCUGGCCCUUCCACGAGCCCGUCGAUGCAUACCGCCUGAACCUGCCGGACUACCACAAGAUCAUCAAGCAACCGAUGGACAUGGGGUCGAUCAAGAAGCGCCUGGAGAACAACUUCUACUGCAGCGCCAGCGAGUGUAUCCAGGACUUCAACACCAUGUUCACCAACUGUUACAUCUACAACAAGCCCACGGAUGACAUUGUUCUGAUGGCCCAGUCCUUGGAGAAGAUCUUCCUCCAGAAGGUGGCCCAGAUGCCCCAGGAGGAGAUCGAGCUGGCACCCCCAACCCAGCGCACCAAGGCGGGCCGGGGCAAAGGUCGCAAGUCCAGUGCAUCCAGAGCACACCAGGUCCCGGCUGUGUCCCAGUCCCUCUACUCCCCCUCCUCCUCGGACACAGAGUCCCUGCAAGCCAGCUCCCCCCACCCCGUGCUCACCAAGAGCCUGCCCCCUCCCACCAUCAUGGGCAUGCCCCCCACGCAGCCCACCACCAAGAAGAAGGGCGUGAAGCGGAAGGCGGACACCACCACCCCCUCCACCAUGGGGCUGCCCGUCGGGCUGUCGGCCGGUGCCCGCAUGGUUGGCCUGGGGAAGGGCGGGCACGGGGGCCAGAUCCACGACUCCUCCCCGCUCACCCUCUCCUCCCUGGGGGGCAUGAGCAUGGACGCCGGCGGGCCCGUCCUGGGCAUGGUGCGGGGCCCCGGCGGCGGGCCCGUCCUGCUCCAGCCCAUGAUGGUGAGCGCGGCGGCGGCGGCCCGCCGGGUGGGCAGCGGCCGGCCCAUUAAGCCCCCCAAGAAGGACCUGCCGGACUCCAUCCAGCUGCAGCCGGCGCGCCGCGGCAAGCUGAGCCCCCAGCUGCGGCACUGUAGCGGGCUGCUGAAGGACAUGCUUUCCAAGAAGCACGCCGGCUACGCCUGGCCCUUCUACAAGCCCGUGGACGCCACCGCCCUCGGUCUCCACGACUACCACGACAUCAUCAAGUACCCCAUGGACCUCAGCACAGUCAAGAGGAAGAUGGACUGCAGGGAGUACAGGGACGCCCAGCAGUUUGCUGCUGACAUCCGACUCAUGUUCUCCAACUGCUACAAGUACAACCCCCCCGACCACGACGUUGUGGGGAUGGCCCGCAAGCUGCAGGACGUGUUUGAGUUCCGCUUCGCCAAAAUGCCGGACGAGCCCCACACGGACCGCCCCGCCAUGUCUAUGAGUGGCCACCCUUCGUCGUCGUCGUCGUCCUCUUCCUCCUCCACCUCGUCCUCCUCCUCCUCUUCGUCCGAGAGCGAGCCCAGCACCGAGAGCGAGGACAGCGAGAGCAGCUCCGACAGCGAGGAGGAGCGAGCACACCGAUUAGCUGAGCUCCAGGACCAGGUGUGCACCCAGCUGCGUGCGGUCCACGAGCAGCUGGCCGCACUCUCCCAGGGGCCCAUGGUGAAGCCCAAGAAAAAGAAGGAGAAGAAAGAGAAGAAGGAGAAGAAGAAGAGGAAGAAGCCGGAGAAGAGGAGUCGAGCAGUGAAGGUGAAGGCGGAGGCGGAGGAGUGGAAGAUGCCGGGAAAGGCCCCCAAAAGCAAGUCCACCAAAGGAGGGGCCGCCACGGUGGGGAAGAGGGGCCCGGGCAAGAAGAGCAACAAGAACAGCAAGACCUCUAAGAAGGCCUUCUUUGCCCCGCCGCCACCCUCCUCCAUGCUCCCCCACUACGACUCGGAGGAGGAGGAGGAGAUCGUGCCCAUGUCGUACGACGAGAAGCGCCAGCUGAGCCUGGACAUCAACAAGCUGCCGGGGGAGAAGCUGGGCCGUGUGGUGCACAUCAUCCAGGCCCGGGAGCCGUCCCUGAGGGACACCAACCCCGAGGAGAUCGAGAUCGACUUCGAGACGCUCAAGCCGUCCACACUGAAGGAGCUGGAGCGCUACGUCAUGACGUGUCUGAGGAAGAAGCCGCGCAAGCCCUACACUAAGAAGGCGAGCAGUGGCAAAUCCAAAGAGGAGCUGACUCUGGAGAAGAGGCAGGAGCUGGAGAGGAGACUUCAGGAUGUUAGUGGACAGCUCAACUCUGGCAAGAAGCCUGCCAAACCCAAGGCGGAGAAGCCGAGCAACGUGGAGCCCAACAGCCAGCCGUCACGCCUCAGCGGCAGUAGCUCCAGUUCAGACUCCUCCUCGUCCUCUUCCUCCUCGUCUUCCUCAGACACCAGUGAUUCCGACUCGGGUUGAGGCUGUGGCUGCACCCCAGUGAGGACUCUCACAACCACUCCCCCCGCCCCAAAGAACGCUCAGGGACACGGGCUGGCCCAGGACACACGAUGCACCCUGACAUAGUAGUGGGCCCAGACGACCGCCUUGCGGCACACCUUAGCUGGAGCAGGCCAAGGAGGCCGUCGUCAACAGGAUGUUGGGGAGGGGAGGGGAGGGGAGGCCGUUUGGAGGCAGGAGUGGAACUAAGUAAGAAUUCUGUAUGUAUAAUCGUAGAAACCCGAAAACACAAAAUGCCUUGGUUCUCCCUCCCUUUUCCCGUGUGUGUGCGCGUGCGUGUGUAAUUAGACGUAUAAGUGUAUGUUUCUUUUAUAAAGAACACUUUUAUUGUGCUCGCAUCAAAGUAGGAUGAUGAUGUUGGGAAUACGCUCAGUUCGGAGCUGUACUCCUCUCCAAACCCACCCCUUCUGACGUUUACUGUCCCCAACAUCUGUUGGUGGAUAGUUUUGAAAGCAGCUUGGCAGUGCCCUCAUUGGAGUUUUGAUCCGUCCAUCAAUCCUCUCUGUGGUGUGGAGCAGCAAAACAGCUAAUUAAAGGAAGCCGUGGGGAGGGAUUUAUUUGUUCCUUGCCUUGUUUUGGUAAAAAUAUUUUGACCGAUUUUGUUUUUGGUUGCAUUUUCCUUUGUCCUUUCUGCUUAUUCGUAGACAUUCUGUCUGGCACUAAAUAGGCUGCUUGUAUAGGUUUUACUUAACAUUUUAAACGCUACCCCCAUUUGUCUUUCGGUGUUAAAAAAAAAGAUACAGUGGUUCUGUAGGACUGAAGUUUUAUGGGGUGUAGUGUAAGCAACUUUAGUUGUUUAGAUAUUUAAAAAAAAAAAGCAAACAAUAUCUGAUCACUCUGAACAUUUAUAAAGACAGUAUUAUUGAUCAGAGUUCGGUACAUUGAAUUCACAACUUUUUCUCCUCCAUCUUAAAAAGCAAUCCUUAACAAAUCGCUUUGUUUCGCCAUUUCCUCACGUUCCUUUGGCGUACUUUUGCUCUGAACCUUUGCUUUAAUCAGAAGAUGUUACUGUGUGCUUCUGUUUUGUCACUUGAAAGUAUAUAUAGUGCUGAAUCUAUCAGAAAGUACUGUAGACAGUUUAACUUAUACAUAUAUAUAUUUAUAUGACCUGAUUUUUGUGUAAAGUACUUUAUAAAUAAUACUCGACAUUAGUGCACUUAAAGUGUUGAAACUUUCUUUGUGGAAUGUUUUUGUUUUUUAAAAGCUUGCCACUCGUCGGGAAGGCAGGCCAGCUUCACUGGGUGGAGACGGAACUACGCACAAACACCUUAUAGACCCUGCAUUGUAAAGAAAAAAAGAUAUAUAUAUCGUUGAAUGUUCCCUAAAAGAUACUUUACUUGUGUAUAUAUACUUGCACUAUGUGUCGCGGUUUUUGAAGUGUGUCUUUUCCGUGUUCAUACUGUCCUUUUUGUUCUCCUCAAGGUUUUCUAGUCGGUGGUUGACUAGGUGGCCACCGCUCAGAUACAUCACUUUCCUUCAAGAACUCUGUAUAUUAAAAUAAUCUCUUGUAGAAAA